UAACGUUCGGUUUUCAUACCCAAGACAAGUCUUAAUAAUCAGUCUACGGCCUCUUUUAUCGUGAAAAAAAAAAAAAAACAGAGAGGAUCUUACAAGGUUGGAAAAGCAAAGCCAAAGUUGGGGUUUGGGUGAAAGGGUGAGGAUUUGUUGUUGUUAAUAGCAGUAAUGCAGGAUAAUAGGACAGGAUUUAUAUUUAAAUUAGUUGGGACAGAGUGUGGUUAUAUUAGGAUAAUAAAAUCUAUAUUUUUUUAAGACUAAUAAUAUCUAGACGAAAAGCUAGGAAGGUGGAGAGAAUCUAGAAAUGCCCAUUUCUUUUUUUCACAUUUCCUCAAAAACCCAGAACAGAAAGAAAUGAAUUAAAAAAAUCCAGCCAAGAAAUCAUCACAGUAGUAAGAGAGAGAAAGGAAGUGAAGUGUAGAAAAAGCAGAGAAUAAAAAGAGACCGGAUGUUGACAAAUUUCAUGUCACUGUUCUUAGAAGGUCGUUUGUUUGUGUGAAGAUUUCUUAUCUGGGAUCUCUCUCUUCUUCUUUCUCUGUCUUAAAUUUUUAAUCUUUUUUUUCCUUACAGAAAAAAAAAAUAAUUAUGGUAUAACAUUUUAGCAAAAACCUUUUCUUUUUUCUUUGUUUGUUUGUCAUUCUUUCCUCUUUUCCUUUUCUCUUUCUCUCUCUAAUAGUAUUUAGGAGAGAAAGUUUCUUUCUUUGUUGUGAGAGUAGUGGCCCCAGCAGAUCGAAAUCUGCAAUCUUUUGUUGAGUUUGAUGAGGAUCUGAGCUUCUUCAAUGGAGUUACUUAGCAACCCACUUUAUGGUUUCUUUGUAGCUAUACUUAUUUUGACUUAAUUAUUAUUGCUUUCACUGUUUUUCUAUUUUUUUUUUCCCUUUUCUUUUCUUUUUUUUCCUUUCCCUUUCUGGGUUUUUGUUAGUGUCAGUCCUCCCUCAAUUAUCAAUUUUCAUGAUUCUGAGGUAUUAGCGGCUGCUUGAUGGAGAAGUAGUAAUAUUGGAUGAUUCAAUUCAAGAUGGCUGCUUGAGUUGGGAAGAAGUUUUAUUUCCCCCCUCAGGAUGUUGGUCUAAGGUUUUCCAAAAGGGUAAUUGGGGGGCUUUCUUGAUGAUUGCGGGAUUUGUUGCCAAUUGCUGUUCUUCUGUGCACUAUUUUGGAUUAAGAGCUCUGCUGUUGCCUUGUUGAUGGUCGUUUUCUUUGCAAGUGCUGAGGUUGUGAUUGUGUUUCUCGGAAUGGGUACGCAAGUGCAGGGCAAGAGCUAUUUUCCUAGUUAUUUCUCCAUGAGGGACCUUAAUGAAGAUUCUAACAGUAGUAGCUGGCCACUGUUUUAUGGUGAGAGGACUGUAACAAAUGGGCAGUAUUACAAUGGGUACACGCCAAGGACUAUCGCAGAUGCUUAUCCAGGAUAUGAUAAGGAUCAAUUAAAACAGAAAAUGCUGGAACACGAGGCUGUCUUCAGGAAUCAGGUUUAUGAGCUCCACCGGCUUUACAGAAUUCAGAGGGAUAUGAUGGAAGAAAUUAAGAGGACAGAAUUAAACAAGAGGCAGUUGUCUAUAGAGCCAUCAUCUUCAUCAAGCUUCCUUGGUUCUCAAAAGCCAUCUGAAGAUGCUGGGAAAUGGCAUGCUUCUGGCUUCCUUUUGGCAAAUUCCGGCUAUGCCAGAGCCUCUGUGUCUGGUGCUGAAAUAGUCAAUUCUCCUUUGAGUUGUACAAAGGAAAACAAUAUGCCAGCUGAUCGAGGUAAUGCAUGUAUGUCAAAGGACUGUGAAGUGCUAGAAACAAGACCCUCAAAAGUGAGGAAAAAGUUGUUUGAUCUUCAACUCCCUGCUGAUGAAUAUAUUGAUACUGAAGAAGGUGAACAAUUACAUGAUAGUAAGAUAGCUGAAAAGUCGAGUCCUCUUCCUAAUGGGAAUCUUAAAACUCCACCAGGAAGGUUUGACAGUUGUUUUCCCAAUGGUGAAAAUGUUACUGGCCAAAUAAAUGCUUCAACAUCCGACUCAUAUCUGAGAAGCAGAAUGAGAUUGGCUGAUCUCAAUGAGCCUGUUCAAGUUGAUGACGCCCCAGUUCCGUUGUCUGUUGACUUUCUUGGUUAUUCUGCUAAUCAUGGAGAAAGCAAAGGCAUAAAUAUUUCUUCUGGAUCAAAUUCAGAUAUAAUAGGCUCGCGGAAAGAAGAAACACUCAAGGCUCAUCCUCUAGAUCAGGCUGGAAGCUCUGGUGUUGGCUCUGUAGCCAAUAAAGGCAGUGAGCGAGACUGGCUCUCUGGAAUCCAUGGAUCAGGAGAGGGCCUGCAUUCUCUAUCAGGGCAGAGAAAGAAUAACUUGAUCCCUCCACCUCCUGGAUUCCAACAAGAUAAGCUGGUAGUACCUCCCCAACCUACAGAAAUAAGGGUUAACAAAACUCAUCAACCUAUGGGAAUCUUUCCGACCGAUUACGUAAGGGAAGAAACAUGGAGAGGAAGAACAGAUCAUGGUUUUGAGAACAUGGAUAGAGUUUUUGGUAACUCUAAUGGUAACCAUCUUGAAUCAUGCUUGAAUUCUCAGGUACCCAGUUUGUAUUCAUAUGGCAAUUCCUCGGAAGUCACCAAUUCUUGGUCUCACUCUGCAUUAUCAUGGGGAAAACCAACAAGUAGCUUUUCUCAGAAGUUAAGUUCAUUUCAGGCUCACCCAUCAUUGCAGCCGUCUUCUCUUUUGAGUAGAAGUUCAAAUUCAUCUGCUCAAAGUCAUGGCAUUUUGGCUGACAAGAUGGCAGAUAAUGAGAAUUCGAGGUUGAAUCGAGGAAUUGGAACUGAUCUGCCACCUAUGAAUGGCUUUUAUCAUGGGUCUUCAUCAGCAUCUAAGGAAAUCAUGGGCCAGUAUCCUUCAGUUGGAUUGAUUAAUCUAAACUGCAAAGAAAGUUUUAAUAUGGCAUCUACUCCCUAUUUAAAUCGUGGUACCGGGGAGUCAUCAAAGAGCUGUGUGAAGCCUGCAAAAGACAUGGACUUGAAUGUAGUCCAAUCAAAGUGUCCAUCAGAUGAGGUAGUUGCUUUACAGGAUGUUGAGGACACUAAUGAAAAAUCUAAUGCCGAAGAUCAUCUUAAAGUGUUGCCUUGGCUUAGACCAAAGCCAUCUUGCAAGAGUGAGACUGUGAAUGUCAGGGAGUCAAACUCCGGCUUAUUUCAAGCAUCUCCUAGGAAGUCAUUUUGGCAGGGUGAACCUGUGAAAGAUCUUAAUAAAGUAUUCGUCAGUGACUUUGAGGUUGGGUUGAAGAAGGAGAAUGGUGAGAUCCACGGUGUUAAGAAAAUUUUGGGGGUAUCCAUAUAUGAAGAACCUACCGUCGUCCAGCCUUGUAAGCUUCCUGGAGAAAAAGCGGCAACAGAAGUUAAAACUAAACUAAUUGAUAUUAACCUGGCUUGUGACGAGCAAAUUGCUUCAGAAGCCUUGGCUGUUGAGGAGGCAACGGACACAAAGGUUGCUCAUUUUAGAAAUUACAUUGAUUUGAACUCCUGUAUCACGGAGGAUGAAGAAUCAAUAAUUCCCUCAGUUGCAAGCACUAAUAGUGUUGUGAAGCAUGUGGUGGAGAUAGAUUUGGAAGCUCCAGUUCCAGAGACUGAAGACGAUGUCUUGACUGGUGAUGGGGACAAGUUGCAUGAGGCAUCUCUAAAAUCAGCCGAAUCCGAAGUGGAACAAAUAAAUGAAGAAGUUGUCAAGGGAGCUGCGGAAGCAAUAGUUUCUAUUUCGAAAUCUGUUCAGCUUAUUAAUAUUGAAGAGAAUACAUGUGAACCACUUGAAGAUCCAUUAAAAGAAUGCAUCUUAUGGUUUGCCAAUGUAGCAUGUCCUGAUGAUAAACAUGAAACCAAUGGUGGCAAAGGAUUAUGGGGGAUUGAUAGUUUAGUUGUUGGCAAUUGUUCUUCUGAUGAGAUAGAUGAAUUUGAGGUCAUGACUUUACAGCUGCAGGAAACUAAAGAGGAGGACUACAUGCCCAAGCCUUUUGUUCCAGAAGUCCCAAAAGUGGAUGAGGUUGGUGCAAAUGCCAUAACAAAUCGAUCAAGAAAGGGGCAGACAAGGAGAGGAAGGCAACGGAGGGACUUUCAAAGGGACAUCCUUCCUGGUCUUGCUUCUCUGUCUAGGCAUGAGGUUACAGAAGACCUGCAGACAUUUGGAGGGCUGAUGAGAGCAACAGGCCAAAGUUGGGACGCAGGGUUAACAAGGAGGAACGGCACGAGAAAUGGCCGUGCUAGGGGAAGAAGGCGAGCGGUGGUAGUUGAUACCGCUGUAGCAGCAGAUCCAACCCCAGCUAGUACACCUCUGAUUCAACAACUUAACAUUGAAGCUAGUUUGGAGGAUCGAAGUCUAACAGGGUGGGGGAAGACAACUAGACGCCCUCGCCGUCAGAGAUGUCCUGCAGGUAAUCCAACUCCUGCUGCCCUAUUAACAUAAUCAUGGGAAAGAGGCUUUUUAGUAAUUGAAGAAUUUAUAGAGAAGAAGAGAAGCCAGAAUUAGGCCAAUCUGGUUUGAGGUUGUUUUUUUUCCUUUUUUUUUUUUUUUUUUUUUUUUUUUACUUUCUUAGCCUGGGGAUUGUCUUUGUAAAUGUCUUGUAGUCCAUAAUUUGGAUCCCCAACUGCCGUGUCUUUGAUUUUACCAACCUUGUACUGUUGAAAAUAAUGGCACACCAAUUUCUGGGAUAUAUAUAUAUGUCAUUCCUUGAGAAUUUGUUCACAGC